AUGGGCUGCGGCACGAGCAAGCCGGGCCUGACCUACGAGGAGAAGCUGGCGCGGUGGCGCGAGAAGGGCGGCGGCGACCUCGAGCCGGUCCUCGCGAGCGGCGCCGUCGCCCUCCUCGACGCGCAGUGGAUCAUCCGCCACGCCGAGGCGGGCGGCGUCCUCUCCCACCGCCAGGCGCUGCCCAAAGAGGCCUUCCUCUCUUUCGCCGAUCUCGUCGAGGCGACCGACGAGUAUGACCUUGCCGUCGCCGCGCUCUCCUACCCGUGGCUGACCAAGGACCACCCCGACCCGCGCGGAGCCAACCUCGCCCGCGUCGCGAGGGCGCUCAAGGCCCUGCUCAGCCACCCCGGCAUCACGCGGCUCGGCGUCUUCUGGGACUUCGGCUCGCUGCACCAGCACCCCGACCCCCCCAACGGCGUCCUGCGCACCGAGGAGCAGAACGCGCUCUUCAAACAGGGGCUGGGCUGCCUCGGCACGCUCUACUCCCACCAGCACACACGCGUGCUGCGGCUGACCUCCUUCCCGGACGGCCACAAGGCGGAGGAGCAGGCCGAGGGCACCAACGUGGCCAAGUACUUUGACCGCGGCUGGUGCUACACGGAGGCCUGCUGGGCGGGCCUGACCAAGGACUACGACCUCUCGCUCGACCUCGGCAAGAUGCGCGCCGGCGUGGAGUACGACUGGGACAGCCUCAUCGGCGACUGCAUCCAGGACGGCGGCCGGCGCCCUCCGCUGCUGCCGUCUGCGUUCGCGGCGGAGCUGGAGAAGAAGAGCUUCACCAACGGCAAGGACGACAAGCCGCUGGUGAAGCAGCUGUACGAGGCCGCCUUCAAGGAGCAGUUUGGAAAGGCGACCAAGCUGAUCUACAUCGGCCUCGGCUGGGGCGACGCGGAGGCGGCGCAGCUGGCGGAGGUCCUCGCGAGCGGGGCAGCGCCGCGGCUCGAGAAGCUCUGGCUCCAGGGCAACAAGAUUGGCGACGAGGGCUGCAAGGCGCUGGCCGCCGCCCUCGGCAAGGAGGGGGCAGCGCCGCGGCUCGAGAGGCUCUAUCUCAACGACAACGAGAUUGGCGACGAGGGCUGCAAGGCGCUGGCCGCCGCCCUCGGCAAGGAGGGGGCAGCGCCGCGGCUCUGGUUGCUCGAUCUCAGCCGCAACAAGAUUAGCGACGAGGGCUACAAGGCGCUGGCCGCCGCCCUCAAGGAGGGGGCCGCCCCGAGCCUGAAGGCGCGAGACGCUCCCCCUCGCCCCUCGCCCCUCCCCCGCCCAAUGCUCAUCGCACCUCCCCUCGCGUGCAGGGGCUCGGCGUGGGCCACCAGGAGCCUGAGCUGGUGGCCGUCUCACCUUUCCUCCAACAACCGAGGAGGCGGGAGCACACGCCCCCCCACGCGUCGGCUUGACGGGGUAGACGGAUACUGUAUUGCCGGAGACAGGUCUCUCUCGGCACUCGGCCAAUCCCUCGGCACUCUCGCGUAA